AACUGUGCAUUCUUGUGAAAAUUGUUCCCCAUCUCUAAAUUCCAGGCAAACAGCUUGCCACACAGAGUUGAAGCUAUGGUGCUGAUCAGAGUGCUAGCAAACCUUCUGAUACUACAGCUUUCUUACGCACAAAAAUCUUCUGAACUGGUCAUUGGAGGUGAUGAAUGUAACAUAAAUGAACAUCGUUCCCUUGUUGUCUUGUUUAACUCUAGCGGUGCUCUCUGCGGUGGGACUUUGAUCAACCAGGAAUGGGUGCUCACCGCUGCACACUGCGACAUGCCAAAUAUGCAGAUAUACCUUGGUGUGCAUAGCGCAAGUGUACCAAAUGACGAUGAGCAGGCAAGAGACCCAGAGGAGAAGUACUUUUGUCUCAGUAUCAACAAUGAUACUGAAUGGGACAAGGACAUCAUGUUGAUCAGGCUGAACAGUUCUGUUAGCAACAGUGAACACAUCGCGCCUCUCAGCUUGCCUUCCAGCCCUCCCAGUGUGGGCUCAGUUUGCCGUAUUAUGGGAUGGGGCGCAAUCACAUCUCCUAAUGAGACUUAUCCCGAUGUCCCUUAUUGUGCUAACAUUAAAUUACUCCGUUAUUCGUUGUGUCGAGCAGUUUACCGAAGGAUGCCAGCGCAAAGCAGAAUAUUGUGUGCAGGUAUCCUGCAAGGAGGCAAAGGUAUAUGUCGGGGUGACUCUGGGGGACCCCUCAUCUGUAAUGGACAAUUCCAGGGCAUUGUACAUGCUGGGGGCAAAACUUGUGCCCAACCGUAUGAGCCUGGCCUCUUCAUCAAGGUCUUCGAUUAUACUGACUGGAUCCACAGCAUUAUUGCAGGAAAUACAACUGUGACUUGCCCCCCAUGAAAAGUUUUGAAAAAGUUAAGAGGAGAAAAUGUAACAUAUUAGUAUAUCUCUUCUAUAUCCCUAACCAUAUCCAACUACAUUGGAAUAUAUUCCCAGGCAGUAAACUUUUUUUAGACUCAAAUAGGACUGCCUUUGGAGUAAUAAAUGCUUAAAAUAGUGCUGCAGAGAUCAUACCCCAUUUAAUUUCAGUAUAAAACAAUCUCAGU